CUGGUGCUGCCUUUCAAAACAGCAAGCUGUCUCACUCGGGCGUAUGGUUACUUAUAAUAAACACACGCUUGUGUCGAAACGGCUUGUUUGUAGCCAGUUCUAACCUUUCCAACCUGUCGGUGGUCUACUUCACAUAACCAUGGCUUGGACAAAAUACCAGCUGUUCCUGGCGGCGUUGAUGCUCACAACUGGAUCCCUUAACACGUUAUCAGCAAAAUGGGCUGACAUGUUUUCCGCUCCUGGGUGCAAUGGUGUUAAAGAACACGAGUUCUCACAUCCGUUUCUACAGGCGGUGUGCAUGUUCCUGGGGGAGUUUGCGUGUCUGUUUGUGUUCCACCUACUGCUGUGUCAGGACCGUCGCCGCCCCGAGCCCACCAUGGACCCCGGCCAGAGCUUCAACCCCGUCCUCUUCCUCGGCCCCGCCCUAUGCGACAUGACGGGCACCUCCCUCAUGUAUGUGGCGCUGAGCAUGACGAGUGCGAGCAGCUUCCAGAUGCUGCGCGGGGCGGUAAUCAUCUUCACGGGGCUGCUGUCGGUGGCCUUCCUGGGCCGCAAGCUCCAGCCCAGCCAGUGGACCGGCAUCCUAGUCACCAUCCUGGGGCUGGUGGUGGUGGGGCUGGCCGACUUCCUCAGCGGGAACCACCAGGACCACAAGCUCAGCGAAGUCAUCACAGGUGACCUGCUGAUCAUCAUGGCCCAGAUCAUUGUGGCGGUGCAGAUGGUGCUGGAGGAGAAGUUUGUCUACAAGCACAACGUCCACCCUCUGAAAGCAGUGGGCACCGAAGGUCUGUUUGGCUUCUUCAUCCUCUCCUUCCUCCUCAUCCCCAUGUACUUCAUUCCGGUGGGCAGCUUCGGCCAGAACCCGCGGCAGGUGAUGGAGGACGCGCUGGACGCCUUCUGCCAGAUCGGCGCGCAGCCGCUCAUCUUGCUGGCGUUGCUGGGCAACACCUUCAGCAUCGCCUUCUUCAACUUCGCCGGCAUGAGCGUGACCAAGGAGAUCAGCGCCACCACGCGCAUGGUGCUGGACAGCCUGCGCACGGUGGUGAUCUGGGCCGUCAGCUUGGCGCUGGGCUGGGAGCAGUUCCACGGCCUGCAGGUGCUGGGCUUCAUCGUGCUGCUGCUGGGCACCUCGCUCUACAACGGGCUCCAUCGGCCCCUGCUGGCGCGGCUGCCCUGCUGCGCCCGUUGCGUCGGCGGUGAGGGAGAGGGAGAGAGGCAGGUGGAGGAAGGCAGCGAUGGAGAGAGGGAGCCGCUCGUGCAGGGAGGAGGGCAGAGCUAACGGAGGGACGGACGGACGGACGGACGUCGUCGCCCCCUGUUGGUAUGGGUGGCGUGUUGCACCAUCUAUGGGAGGAUGGGGGUUGGAAUGGUUCAUCGUGGAAUAGGUGGGGAGGGACGAGAAUUGAACCACUCUGAAGGCGCUACAAUGUUUCAGUGGCAUGGACACACACACACGCACACACACACACACACACACACACACACACACACACACACACACACACACAAAUGCUGCACUAUCAACUACUCACUCAAAUAACUGUACUAUCAACUAGUAGGUGACAUCUCUAUGUGAACACACACACACACACACAAACGCACACACGUAUACAUAUGUAAACACACUUUAGCGUGUGUGUGUGUACAUGUUUUUUUUUUUUUUUUUAAAUGACUGCCACUGCCUUGAGGGCUUCAAAAGAGGAACAUUUAUUUUUGUUUUUUUGUUCACGCUGUUCCUGUGUGACAGGACGUGACAUCAUGUAAAGGGAGGUUCCUACUGGGCGAUAACAGAUGUCACUUAAACUGACACUAGCCCGAAUAGAACGUAUGGUUUUUAAAACUGUGCCACAAAGUGCACAUUAUGUAAAGAAAAUAAGAUGGAAAGAUUUGUAUAAGUCCACUAAACAAGGGUGGAUGUUUGUUAUUGUUUGUUGAAAUGUACAUUUUAAUUAUGCUGGGAGUUUAUGCCGUAAUGAUCAUGUCUUUUUGCCAGUAAGGGAUAAUUAGUGUUUUUAAAAUUUUCAGGUUAUUUUGUUUGUUGUUUAUGUCUCUUUGUUUAUUUACUGUAUUUGUUUGUUUCUUCUUCAAGUAAUUGCUGAUGAUAAUGGUUUUUUUUUUUUUUUUUUACAUGUUUCAGGAAUGAAAACCUUUCCCCCAUGCUCUGCCUCGGGUAACCAUGAUCUAAGUGCUAAGAUGACGGGAUCUGCUUGGGAGUGUUCUCAGAACAUGGAUAAGUGGUAAAGCCGGCUAAGUUAACAUACAGGAAGUGGUAAACCUUCGGUAACACUUUUAUUUUAGCGUUACAUCUAUUAACACUAAUACAUACAAUGUUAAUGCCUGCAUAAGUAAAUUGCAAGAUAAUGUACUAAGCAAAAACUAAGGCCUACUAGGUCCUUACUAAGGUUAAAUUGGUAAUGAAUCCCUUAUUGUGCAUGAACAAGACAUUUGCGAAUUCAUGCCUAACAAAUGUUUAAUUUUGCUUAAUACAUGCCUUAGAAGUUACUUAUACAGGCACAUUGUAUGCAUUAGUGCUAAUAGGUGUAAAGCUAAAAUAAAGUGUUACCAAAACUUGCUAAUAGAUGGCCCUCUGGCGUCAUUUCAUUAAUAGAAAACGAGGCCUCCAGGCUCUUCUAUUAGGUGAUUUACCACUACCUCAACGCUAACUUAUUCAUUCAGGUUCUUGGAACACUCCCAAGGUCUCGUUGUUCUUUUUGUUUUUUGGGAGUAACCCCAUUGUGGCGACACAUUAUCUUGUUUUAGCCAAAGUCCUGAGUUUCAAAUGGUGCAGUGUUUGAACAUAAUGAAAUGUACACGGUGUCUAGGACGUGACCCAACCGGAUUCUCUAUUUUGAUUGGGAGCCGGUGGCUUGAUGACGCGGUACCUCUUUGUUUGUUUGUAGUUCGUGCAACAAUUAUGUGUGCGAAAAAAAAAUAACUGUGCGUGCCAGCAGCAGCAGUCUCUCUGGCUUUGAUGCUCGGCGUAUACUUUUAAUCAGACUGUUUUGGCCCAUUAAAGGUUAUUGCAUUAACA